UUGAUCAGAACAAACAUGGCGUCGGUCAGCAGAGGUCUGAAGCGUCUUGUCUUCUUGCUGCUCAUCGAGGUUUCUUUCCCAGAAUGCACCGGGACUCCUGGAGGUCAGUCCUGCUUCUUCUGUUCUCACCAUCCGAGGUUCUCAGCAAAACGUCAGCCUGGAACCAGCAGUACAGGUGAGGUGUUCCUGGACGGACCUCAGGCUGACGUCUUCCUGCGUCGCAGCCGCCGGGCCAACUUCCUGCUGGAGGAACUGAGGCAGGGGAACCUGGAGCGAGAGUGCAUGGAGGAGAAAUGUUCCUAUGAGGAGGCCAAGGAGAUCUUUGCUUUGCCCCAACAGCUGGAGAACUUCUGGAGAACCUACACAGCGGCGGACGGCUGCCUGUCGUCUCCAUGUCAGAAUGGAGCCACCUGCACCCGCCACCUCAGCACCUACAUCUGCAAGUGUCCACUUGGUUUCCAUGGACACAAUUGUGACAAAGUCCGCCUGACCUCCAACGGCUGUCGCUAUAGAAACGGCGGCUGUGAACAUUUCUGCAGAGAGUUUCCAGAUCGUUCCCACCUCUGUUUCUGCGCUCCGGGAUACGGACUGGACCGGGACAACAGCACCUGUAGACCCCAAGAUCCUGUUGUCUGUGGAAGACCUCUGGUUCAUUUUGCCCCGAGGGUAGUUAACGGACAGAUCUGCCCCAAAGGACACUGCCCAUGGCAGGCUCUGCUGACGGAACACGACAGGUUCACCUGUGGAGCCAUCGUUCUAUCAGAUCAAUGGGUUCUAACGGCGGCGCACUGCGUUUGGCACAAACCUGUCGCCAUCUUCCACGUCACCGCAGGUGAACACGACCUGAAGGAGGACGAGAAGACGGAGCAGCAGCGGCGGGUUCUGAAGGUUCUGGUCCAUGGCGGCUACAACCACUCCAGCUCUGACAGCGACCUGGCGCUGCUAAAGCUGCACCGGCCGUUCAAACUGGGUCGCCACGUGGUUCCCGUCUGCCUCCCCGCCCGGAACAGCACCAUCAGCCGGACGCUGGCCACCGUCCGCCACUCCACCGUGUCGGGCUGGGGCCGCCUAGCCCAGCUGGGCCCGGCGGCCCGGUUCCUGCAGCGCCUGGUUCUGCCAAGGGUUCCUCUGCAGGAGUGCCGCCUCCACACCAAGCUCAACAUCACCAGGAACAUGCUCUGCGCUGGGCUGCGGAGCGGCGGCCAGGACGCCUGCGAGGGCGACAGCGGUGGCCCGCUGGUCACCCGCUACAAGAAGACCUGGUUCCUGACAGGCGUGGUCAGCUGGGGGAAGGGAUGCGCCAACGAGAACAUGUACGGCGUCUAUGCCAAGGUCGGAAACUUCCUGGGCUGGAUUGAGAACGUCAUGGCAACGGACUGAAACACCAGAAGAACCAAAGUUACUGUCCACCAAAGAUCCUGAUUAAACCGAGGUCCUCCUCCGAGUCUGUUCUCUGUUUGGUUCCACAAUGGAACUCAAGAUUCACUGAAAUUAUACCUUUAGAAUAGUUUGAUCUCAAAACUCAAUCUGAAACUCCUCUGUUGGAGGUUCAACAUUAAAGGAUCAAAAAAAGAAUCUAUCUAUCUAUCUAUCUAUCUAUCUAUCUAUCUAUCUAUCUAUCUAUCUAUCCAGGUGAGGGGGCGGGGCUUGUGUAUUUACAUCAGCGACUGUAACCUGAUUCUGGGGUUAUGUUCUGUGGCUCUUUGUUCUGAAAUGUUCUUCUGUUGACAGUAAACUUCUGGUUAUUCUCAGAA